AUGGAGGAGCGCGGCGAGCCGGAGUCAGCCCCAAGCGGCGCGGGCGAAGCGAACGAGGGCUCGUCUCGUCGGCACGAGUCGCUUAAAUCGUCGCAGUGUAAACCGAGACUCAAGCUCUUCAGUAAAGUGAUGGAGAAGAGUCUGCGGUGGCUGCUGGACAGCGCCAGUUUCGACAGGUUUUCCCACUAUUUCCAGCCUCUGUCGAAGCAGAACCCUCAGCUGACUGAAGCCAUGCACAAACAGUUCAUCAGCCAGCUGCAGGCUUUAGUUCAGAAAGAAAUAGCCGCUGUGAUCGAGGAGGGCGACCUGCAGGCGAAGUUUAAAGAGCUGGACACCCUGGAGGAGCUUGCUAAAGACACGCCGCAAGCUGCUUGGCGUCCGAGCGGCCUUCCGGAGCAGGACGUGUGCGGUGGUCUGGUGUCUUAUUACAAGAAGCAGGAGGAGUACGUGCGGAUACAGCUGAAGAAGCUCCAGAAGGAGAACGCAGGCCUUGCUCAGAAGGUGCAGGCCGAGAGAGAGAGCGUCUCGCUCGCCGAGCAGCGCAUCGCCGCCGGGGUGGAGGAGUGGAGGGCGUCGCUUGAGGAUCUAGAAGCCUUCGCCUCGACUCUUUCCCCAUCUGAACACUUCGGGUCUCUCUAGCAUCCGGUCAUUUCUCGGAUUUAGUGAAGAUCAAAUAUGAUUCUUUAUAAUUCAAAUAAUUGUGCGUCUGCAAGGUUUAUUUGGUGAUAUGUGAUUAACAUGUGUACUUCAUUCAUUAAACGGCACUUGCGCUUUUUAACAACAGUGUGCAUAAAGAUUAUCUGAUUUUCAUUGUAUUUUUUUGUUAACAGUUUUAUUGCAUUCAUAUGAUACAUUGUUGCAAAUUAUUUUCUUCCGAUAUUGUGGUUAUUAAUGCAAUAAAUGCACUAAUAAAAUAAAAUAAUGUUAUCUUAUUAAAUUUUAA